CUCAAGCUUGGGCCAGCUUUACAGCUGUCUGGGAGACAGCGAGCUUCCUGGCCCUGGGGGCAUCCAAGCAGAUGUAAGCAUGAGACCAGGAAUUCCGAAGAAGGGCUCUGCUGGACCAGGGAAUCCAGCGCCCUGGGCAGUCCGUGUAAGCAGCCAGGUGUGUGGUUGAGGCUACUGUAUUGGCUCAGGUUUGCUGCAGCCAUGGCUGACACUGGGAGUGGAAGAUGCUAAAGGGCAGAGAACCCCCAAGUGGCCAUGGCAGCUCUCUUAAUUAGGUUUUAUAUUGCUACGAUAAACACCAUAACCAAAAAAACAAACAAACAACUUGGGAAGGCAAGGGUUUAUUUGGAUUGUAUAUCUCAGAGCAGCCCAUUGAAGAAAACCAAGGCAAGGACCUUCACUCGGAAAUGGAAACUGAGGCCAUGGAGGGGAGCUGCUUAUUGCCGUGCUCAGCCUGCUUUCUUAUGGCACCCAGGACCACCAGCCCAGCGGUGGCACCAGGCACCACUCUCUGGGGCGUGGGGUCCUCCCUCAUCAAUCCCAAAUCAAGGCAAGCCUACAAGCCAGUCUGAUGGAGGCAUUUUCUCAAUCUUUACUGAUUCCCUUUUCUCAGGUGAUGCUAGCCUGUAUCAAGUUGACAUAAAAACUAGCCGGUACAGUACAAAAACUACAGUACAGCUUUAGGUUGUAAAGCCUUCCAAGGGCUGGAGCAUGGGUGGAGAAAAGUUAGAACCUCUGGGAGUGCCAUCAAUUGUUAGGACGUCCAUCACCUGCCAGAACCUUUUCCCAUGGGGCCUCCUGAUCCACCCCUUUUUGUGCUCAAAAGUCCCACCACCAAGCUCAGGUGUAGCUGCCACCUGUGGUCAGGUCCCUGGAAGGAAGAACACGGGUGGGAUUUCAGAUUACCUCCAGCAGGAGAUCCCUGGGUGUAAAACAGAUUUUAAGAGCCCAGGUUGGGUUUGGGCUUCGUGUUGCACACCUGUUAUCCUAGCACUCAAAGCUGAGGCAGGAGGAUCACCCUUUUAAAGCCGACCUGGGUUUCAUACUGAGGCCUGUCUCCAACAAAAAGACUUUAGAAUGAGAAUGGACUUAGCUGUCUUGUUGACUCCCGACUAGGAACACAGGCUCCAGGGGUCACCUUUCCAGAAGGACCUGUCCUGUGGGCCUAGCAUGCACAACUUGUCUGGAGUCUGGAUGUUGAGUCUCUUUCCUCCCUGGUUGCUGACACAGGGGCUAAACCAAGCUACCUCCUGCAUAGGAACCAGAGGGCGGGAGGUCGGGGCUAGAUGUCCCCCAGGUCAGGGCGUCUGAGACUGGAUUUGAACCCAGGUCUCUAUGACUCUCAGGUCCAUGAUACCUCCCAGCCUCAAAUCAACACUGUUGCCCCUCUCACAUUCAUUACAUUUUAUAAGGCCUGAGAAUCUAGCUAGGGUAAUAUGUUGCAAUGUCUGUGGGCCAGGAGUUCCUCAGCCUUAAGCAAAGGCUUCCUGGACAGUUUAGAGGCUAGCUUUUGUUUCAGUCCUGGGGAACGGAGUGAUGAUGCUCUUGAGGAUGUAGAGAUGUCUCUGCCCAUCUUGGCUCUGCUCCAGCAUCUCUGAGGCCGGCUUUCACCGGGAGAAAGAGCACUGUCAUCAGUGGUAGCCCUAGGAGCCAACAUCAUCUGCAACAAGAUUCCUGGCCUGGCCCCACGGCAGCGUGCCAUCUGCCAGAGCCGCCCCGAUGCCAUCAUUGUGAUCGGGGAGGGGGCGCAGAUGGGCAUCGAUGAGUGCCAGCACCAGUUCCGAUUCGGACGCUGGAACUGCUCCGCCCUGGGCGAGAAGACCGUCUUCGGGCAAGAACUCCGAGUAGGGAGUCGUGAGGCGGCCUUCACCUACGCCAUCACCGCGGCAGGCGUGGCACACGCCGUCACCGCUGCCUGCAGCCAGGGCAACCUGAGCAACUGUGGCUGUGACCGUGAGAAGCAGGGUUACUACAACCAGGCAGAAGGCUGGAAGUGGGGAGGCUGCUCUGCGGACGUGCGCUAUGGCAUCGACUUUUCCCGGCGCUUCGUGGACGCUCGAGAGAUCAAGAAGAACGCCAGGCGCCUCAUGAACCUUCACAACAACGAGGCAGGCAGAAAGGUUCUGGAGGACCGCAUGAAGCUGGAAUGUAAGUGCCACGGUGUGUCGGGCUCCUGCACCACCAAAACCUGCUGGACCACGCUGCCCAAAUUCCGUGAGGUGGGCCACCUGCUCAAAGAGAAGUACAACGCGGCCGUGCAGGUGGAGGUGGUGCGUGCCAGCCGCCUGCGCCAGCCCACCUUCCUGCGCAUCAAGCAGCUGCGCAGCUACCAGAAGCCCAUGGAGACGGACCUGGUGUACAUCGAGAAGUCGCCCAACUACUGCGAAGAGGACGCGGCCACGGGCAGCGUGGGCACACAGGGCCGCCUGUGCAACCGCACCUCUCCCGGUGCUGACGGCUGUGACACCAUGUGCUGCGGCCGGGGCUACAACACGCACCAGUACACCAAGGUGUGGCAGUGCAACUGCAAAUUCCACUGGUGUUGCUUCGUCAAGUGCAACACGUGCAGCGAGCGCACCGAGGUCUUCACCUGCAAGUGAGGCAACGGCGCAGGCGCACACGGCACCUGCCUGCCCUGCGGCCCUUGCCGUUUUGCACAUCCUUCUUUGCUUCCGGAGCUGCCAGCUGCGGGCACAGGGGGAUGGAGGUGGGGGUGGGGAGCUCAGAUACUCCAGGCUCCUUCCUGCCGGCUCUGUCCCCGCCAGCGGCACAGCUGUGCCCUGACUCGCCCAGCAUCCAAGGCCAACGCAAUGGUCUGGUACCCAAUGGAGACGAAUUCCUCUACUUCUCUUCGGGAACGUGAACCUCAAAGCGACCGUGAGACUCUGAGGGUCACCUCCCUGUCUGGUGGCUGGACACAGAAAGGUCACACCCACCAGUCACACUCAAAACUGUUUCCUGGGCUCUGUCCUGCCAGCCCCUGGCAGUGUGGACGGAUGUUGACAAAAUUAUUUAUGUUCUUUUUUUUUUUUUUUUUUUUUAGCAUCAGAUGAGGACUCAGUACUAACGACCGGGUAGCCAGACCUAACCCUAUUCCAGGUUGCCCCGCCUCUAUCUCCUUUUCCUCACUUCUCCUGGCCCCUCCCUCGAGGGUCCUCUGCUCCUUGCAGGACCCAGGGAAGUCCGAGUUGUCACGGAGGCUGGCUGGUGGGGUGACUCCUCAGUAGCACCCUGGGAGGGACUGGGUAGACCCACAAGGCCUGAGAUGGCCUCAGAGGACAGCCCAUCUUCCAUUCCACGUGGAAACUGUCGCACAGAUCAGUUGUGGCUUGUGUUAGGGUCCAGGCAUGCCUCUUUCCCUCCUGGUCCUUCACCCCCUCCCAGCCCUCCGCCAGCCUCCACCUCCAGUUUACAAAUCCCCUUCUUCUCUGGAACCAACCUGACCCCCAGGACUGCCCCCAAAGGUUCAGGAGAGGUCAGGGACGGUUGCCCCAUGUGACAGAUGGACACAGGGCAAUCUGAAGAUUUGCUGGAAGGCCCAGGCUCUGUGAACUAUACCGCCACAGCCCGAAGCAGCCCAAACUCCGGAAGUAGGCAGGGUGGUGGGGAGGCUUUAUCCCCUUCUCAGUGCCUUGGGGUUUGUCCUUCUACCCUGACCCUGAUGCCAGAGAAUUGGCAUCCAGAAUUUAAGGCUGUAUCUGCCAGGCUGCCUGGCUACUGUCCACGGACACCUGCUUGAGGAUCCUCAUAUCCCGAGGACAUGGGACCCUCAAGCAGGGGUCUGUGGGAGGCUUGCUGUCCUGUUUCCUCAGGACCUUCCAGACGGGGACAAAGAACUCAGGCCCGGGUAUAUCCCACCCUCUCCUCCACAAUACACGACAGGGGUAAGGAACUGCCCGGGUUGGUAACACUACCGCCCACAGCCUUCCCCACACUAAAGCGUUUCAUAGCAGAAGUCCACAGGAAUGCGGGGUUUGGUGGCCACCAAGCCAGGUGGCCUGGACAUUGACCUGGGAAAAGUGACCCCUGUUUACCCUUGCCUUGCACUCAGCUGUGUGUCCCUAUCAUGUCAGGAUGUUACAAGCCUCUGGACCACUGGAGAUGUCCCACCCCAGUUCUGGCCCCAUCUCCUCACCCCCAAGUCCUGGGAUGCCCAAGCCCAUAGCCCAGUGUCCCCUGUAAGGAGCCUGGUUAACUUAUAUUGUUAUAUAGUGUCCCCGUCUGUCGUGUCUCUUAAGUUAUUGUGACCUACACUGGGUACCGGAGGGGAUGGGGGAUGGCUUCAUUUGCUCUCCCCCAAGCCAGGCUCCUCCUUCUGCUUGAAACAGACCCUCGGGGGCCCUUGAUGCCACCGAGGCAAUUCGCACUGUCCCUGGGCUGCCGGGCACCUGCACCUGCACUCGGUCAGCGGCAGACCUUGCCUUGGGGGAAGAGAGGUGGUUAGUGGACCCAGGCAGGGCACUGGCUGUCCCAAUGCUGUGUGCUGGGGUGGAGGUGGCCGGGCACCACAUGUCCUUGAAGUGCCCUACUUCUGAUGGGCUGUGUUCUGCCUCCUCCGGAGACGAGCACUUGGCCCCAAUAAAAGCUGGAAUCAGAAAAGA